AUGGAAGUGAAUGGUGUUAUUUUAUGCGACAAUCUAAUCAAGUGGUUACAGACAUUAAAUCUUACCGCUAAACAUGGAAAUCCAUCGGACUUAUCAGAUGGUGUGGCAAUUGCUGAGGCUCUUACUCAAAUAGCACCAGAAUAUUUUACACCUGCUUGGGUUUCAAAAAUUAAGACAGAUGUAGGACAAAAUUGGAGAUUGAAAGUAAGCAAUCUGAAAAAGAUUUUGGAGGGAGUGGUUGAUUAUCAUCAAGAUAUCCUUAAUUUGAGUCUACAGGAGUUUUCAAGGCCUGAUGUUGUCAAUAUAGCUGAAAAUGCUGACCCUUCUGAUUUGGGAAGGCUUUUGCAACUGGUUCUCAGUUGUGCAGUUAACUGCAAUAAAAAGGAAGAGUAUAUCACUCGCAUUAUGGGGCUUGAGUUAUCAUGUCAGCGCUCAAUAAUGCAGGCAAUACAGGAACUUGAGACGUUGACGCUGGGACCGAACCGCGGCAGCUUGCAUUUGGAGCCGGCGGUCACGGAAACCGAUGUUGACAUGAGAGAGGCCCUGGCUCAGCGAUGCCAUGAACUCGACAAUCAGGUGAAGAUCCUCCAAGAGGAGAAGAUGACGCUGCUCAGCGAGGUGAGCCGGCUGAGCGCCGCGCAGGCGGGGGGCGGCGGGGGCGGCGGGGGCGAGGGGGCCGACCGCGACCUGGACGAGGGGGGCGCGUCGCUGGGGCCCGCGCACGCCGGCACGCUGCGCUACAGCCACAUGCGCGCCCAGCUCGACGCGCUCAAGGACGAACUCGACAAGCUCGAGCUGCAGCGCGACGACCAGCGCGCGCGCGCCGACAGGCUCGAGCGCGAGCUCGCCAUGCUCAAGCUGAGGAACGAGGAGCUGCAGAUCGCCGCUUCGGAGAACGUAGCGCUGAAGGAUGAAGUGGACGCGUUACGGGAGACCGCCGCGAAGGCGACCGCUCUGGAGUCAACGGUCGCCUCCUACAAGAAGCGGAUGGAAGAACACGUCGACUUGAGGAGACAGGUGAAGCUGCUAGAGCGCGUCAACAUGGAGCACUUGCAGCGUGCCAUAGAGCACGAACAGGCGGCAACCCGGGCCAACGCAAUACGCGCACAACUCGAUAUAUACAAGAAACAGGUGACCGAUCUGAACGAGAAGCUGGACGCGGAGAUAACGAAGGCGGACAAACUGGAGAUUGAGAACAAGAAGCUGAGCAGCCACGCGGCCUCUGUGCAGCGGGAGAGGGACGCGCUUCUGGAGGAGCGCGCCAGGCUGCGGGAAACCGUCGACGAGUUGCGCUGCUCCGCCGUGCCCGCAGGUGCCAGUGAAGGUAACGUGUCUAAAGAGCUUAUGCCGAAUGAUCUCAAAGACCGUUUGAUACGACUCGAACAUGAGAAUAAACUGCUGCGCCAAAACCAGGGAGCUCAAGCUGACCAAGCAUCGGUACAGGCGUUGCUGGAGGACUACGCGGCGCGGCUGGAGAAGCAGCGCACGCUGAACCGCGAGGCCAACCAGCGCAUCAUGCAGCUCGAGGCCACACUGGAAGCGCCGCACCCACGCCUCGCUAGCGCAAUGGAGGACAACCAAAGGAAAUCGCUGCAAGUGGAAGAGCUGCAAGCGGCCCUAGGCGAGGAGAGGCGGCGCGUGGGCAAGCUGCAGGAGGCGCUGGCGGCGCGCGAGGCGGAGCUGCUCGCGCACGAGGACAAGUACAAGAAGUGCGUCGAGAAGGCGAAGGAGGUCAUCAAGUCGCUCGAUCCGAGGACGGUGACGCCCGGUCAGCAAUCGUUGUCCGACAUUACGUUGGGCUACUCGCGAGCGCAGAACAGCGCCGCCGCGGCCCGACCCGAUGCGCCUCCACCCAACAACAAUCGACACGAGUGGAGCGGGAGUGGGAGCGAGGACGCGCGCGCCGGCAGCAACGAGCAGCGGCUGCUCGCGUCCGCCUGGUACCAGCUCGGCAUGAGGUGCCACCGCGAGGCCGUGGAGCAUCGCUUCGCCUUGCGGGCGGGCGGCCACUCGUUCCUGGCGCGCCAGCGGCGGCAGCAGCCGCGCACCCGCCCCCCCGCCACCUCCACGCCCGCGCCC